UUUCCACUCACCUGAAUUGAAUACACUUUGCAUUUUCAAUUGACUGCCCUUUAAAUUUGGUGACAUAUUUGAUCGAUACAAUCUUAUUUACGCGAGAAAAUGUCAACAGCUUUCUUGAGAAAAUAUGCCUCCCGGACUACAAACAGUUCGAAAUCCAAACAAAAAGCCCAAGAUGUCACGCAUUUGUAUAUGAACGACAAAAAUUUGGAAAAGAUAGAUAUUACCGUUUCAUGCGACAAUCUCAAAGUGCUAUAUCUUCACAACAACCGCAUCAAUACUAUAGUGAACCUUGAAAAGUUUUUAAAUUUAUCGCAUUUGUACUUACAAUGGAACCGAAUUCAGAAUAUUGAAAAUCUGAACUGUUUGCGAAAUUUGCAAAAACUUUAUCUUGGAUAUAAUAUGAUUAAGCGAUUGGAGAACAUUGAAAGGUUGCAGAGCUUGAAAGAGUUACAUAUCGAAAAGCAAGAUAUUGGGAAUGCUAAUUUUACUUUCGAUUUUUUUACGCUGAAGUCCAUUGCGAGGAAUUUGGAGGUGCUCAAUAUAAGCCAAUUGGGACUCAUGACUUUGGAACCGAUAUCAAUUUUAUUGCGUUUAAAACAUUUGAUUGCAAAUGGAAAUCAGUUUCAGGAUGCGGAGGAAAUAGGGCACGUUUUAGGUCGAAUGAUUUUUUUAGAGAAAGCUGAUAUUCAAGACUGUCCAGCACAGAAAGAUAUUCACUAUAGGGAGAAAAUCACAGCAGGCUCCUACAAUUUGCAAUUUCUCAAUGGAAAAUUCAUUACACCCUACAAUCGAACCUUUAUUAAACGAUUUGAGGAAGUGAAAAACAAACGAAGGACAAAGAGCGACACGGACACAAAACAAAAACCUAAAGCUGUUAACCGUGUGAAACCAUCUGCCCACUCAUUGCAGUUGCAAAAUACAACUGACGAAAUGACUUUUCGAGCUUGGAACUCACUCAAUUCUGCUCAGAAGCCUAUGCGACGAACGGUGAAGAAAGAGGGGAAACUCAGACCUAAGUCAGUCUAUUCUUUAGAAGGAAGACAUAUUGUAAAAGAAAAGGACUGAUAGUUUUCUAUACAUCUGUAUGUGUAAGCUUGUAUAGUUCCACAAAAUUGCAAGUACUAUUUAUCUAUGAAAUUAUAUAUUGAUUUACGUCUA